AUCAGCGGACUUGGGCGUUGUACUCCGCAUCUCAUUUGCGGCAGGGCCAAUUUCUCCAUUUACAAACUCCGCUCGAGAAAAAAAAUCGAAAGAAUUCGUUUCCCCGUCCGCCUUUUGCCACAUUUUUGCAAGUUAUCACACCUCCAUUUGCGGUCAUCUCGUCUCUCGGGCUGAUUCCUCGGCUUCGUUUGGAGAACAUGGGAGCACAAACCUCCAAAGCCGCUGGAAAAGAGGAAGCCGCCGUAGAAAAGCCAACAGAAGGCGCCGCCGUUGCAGCGAAGGCAAACGGACAGGAGAAUGGCCAUGCCAAGACCAACGGGGAUGCCUCUCCAUCUGCAGAGGAGGCCAACAAAGAUGAUGUACCGGCCAACGGCAGCACUCCUACAGAGGAGGCGCCAAAAGCCGAAGGCGAGAAAGUAGAGGCCGCUGAGGCCAACGGUGAGAAGGAGCCUGCGGCUACAAACGGAGAGGCCUCUGCCAAGCCUGAGGAAGGCACUCCAUCCACCAGCGAGGAAGGAAAGCAAAAGAAGAAGCGUUUCUCCUUCAAGAAACCCUCCUUUAAGCUAAGCGGCUUCUCAUUGAAGAAGGCCAAGAAAGAGUCUGAUGAGGCAGCAGAGGAAGGCGCAGCAGCAGGAGGAGAGAAAGCGGCGGCAGAGAACGCAGCCACUGAGGAGGCCAAACCAGAUGAGGUUGCUGAGGAGGGAGCCAAGGAGGCUGAAGCUGAAAAGCCAAAGGCCGAGGAGGAGGCGAAGGCGGAGGAACCAGCAGCAGCAGCGGCGGCCGAAGAGGAGAAACCAGCCGACGCCUCACCCGCUGAACCAGAGACGGCAGCCGCUCCAGAGGCCACCGCUGAGUAACCCUGCUGAACCAGACACCGGAAUGAAGGAGGAGCCCGUCUGAAGGAAUGCAAGGACUUGUCUAAAACCAGGGAUUUCUUUUGAUUGUUAUGAUUUUUUUUUUGUUGGUGUUUGUUUACUAUUCUGCAACCAUCUCAUCCAUAAUGACUGCAAGAUCCAUGGCAGUGAUGGGCAGGAGGUGUACUGGAGAGUGUGCUGCUCCCUCACUGCCCGUUGAUGCUUGCAUGUGUGACAUUGGCUGAGUGAAAGUAUGACUGAGUGGGGCUGUUAAUUCUUUUUUUUUUUUUUUCCUACAUGAAACCAUGACUGUGUUGACACGUUGCUGAAUUUGACGUAUUUUAUCAGUAAGUAUUUGGUGCUGGGCAUUUGGAUGUAGCAGCUAAAGCUGUGUCUGCAAGAUUCGACACAUUGUGAUAUUUAAAGGGAAAGACCUAAACCAAGUCGUAAAUGUUGUCUUUGCAGUGCACAGUUGUUUACAACGCUUAAACUCGACGCUCCUGUGGACACAACCAUUCCCGAAUGAAGUAGAUUUAGUUAACUGUCAAAACAGUAGGUGCUCAUCACUUACCAUUAGAUGCCACCAUUUCAAAACUCUGUAGUAAUGCACGUUGUAUAGACUUUGAUAUUACUGGUUUUAUGACUGAGAUGUACCUAAAUGACUGAAGUUUUUAACAGAUUACCCAUUGUAAAUGAAGUUUUUCUUGUUUUUCACCAUUUGUAAGAUUGAAUAAAAUUGGGAGAUGUUUUAAGCAAA